UCGAAAUGCAGAACCAUAAUGUAAAGUACUUCUUCCUCUUUCCGGAGUACAUUGGGAAAGAUUUUCCAAUACAUUAGUUACCCUAAUCAAUGCUCCCCACAAAAAAAAAAAAAAAGGUUUGAUGGGUCUUAUGGUGAUGAUCGAGAUAGAGUGCUAAUCGAAAUAUUAAUAAUGUUUUGUUUAUCCUUGAAUGUUCUUAAUCUCAAUAAUAUAAUGUAAGAAUAUGGUUGUGCUUGUUACUCGAUGUGGAUCCCUUAUUGUGAUCAAAAUUUGCAGCUUCAAGCGGUUUUAUUACUGUUGGGGGGAUGCGAAUUGGCUUCGAGUCCCCAUGAAUUGACGCCUCUAAACCAGAGGGGUGUUAUGGAUUUUCCAGCUAGAUGUAGCCAACCACAGAGAGCGGCCUCAUUAAGUAGAUUUCGUCAGAAAAGAAAAGAUAGAUGCUUUGAUAAGAAAGUCAGAUAUAGUGUCCGCCAAGAGGUUGCACUUAGGAUGCAGCGUAACAAGGGUCAAUUUACUUCUUCUAGAAAACCUGAUGGCUCAUAUAAUUGGGGUAGCAGUCAGGAUUCAGGACAAGAUGAUGGCAUUGCAGAAACAUCAUGCACAAAUUGUGGUAUUAGUUCAAAGUCCACUCCAAUGAUGAGACGCGGUCCAUCUGGUCCAAGGUCUCUGUGCAAUGCCUGUGGGCUCUUUUGGGCAAAUAAGGGUACUUUGAGGGAUCUUUCCAAGAAAAGUCAGGAUCAUUCCUUGAUUCCCAUUGAGCAGGGUGACAGUGAAGCAAAUGACUUGGACUGUGGGACUUCCAUCCAUACAAAUGACAAUCUAGUUCCUUUCCCGAAUGGUGGUAACUCAGCUUUAAUAGCUGAGCAUUGAAAAACUCUCUAUAGAAUAGAUAUUUCAGCUAGGCUCUUCUAGGAACUUCUUUCCUUUCCAACUUGUCUCAUAUGUACAGAAAUUUUAUUUAAUACUUUGGUCAAUAGAAGAGGCUUCCUUCUAUUCUUCAGUAGCUUGCAUGAGAGAUUACCUAUUGAGAUCGACAGGAACAUGCCUAGAAUGUAUCCAUAAAAGCUUCAUUAUUUAUCCCAGUAAUUUUAUAUCUGAUAUAUAUAAUGACCAUGGAUCUUUCCAGUCACAGUUGAUCCAGAAUUUUACUCUUUUAGUGCUCUUUCAUUUUCUCAACCGGAUGGUACUUCAGCUUCUACAUGAAUGCGUGGUUAAUCUGUAGUCUUCAUACAACAUCAACCAUGUAUGUGACCAUUUAGAGCUUAUAUUCCGCAUGCAAAGUCGGAGUCGUGGUUCUACAGUCCUCACAUGAGUCGAGACUGCAGCCUACAGGUACCCUCUCAUUGUUGCUUGUUUUAUGUCUUGUUUUAUGUCAUCUUUUCUCCCUUUAACUUUGAUGUAGUUUUGACUUUUUUGAGGCACAUGGUAGUAAUAAUAUUCUUUGAUAUGAUUAGUGUUUGACCUUGAGAGGAUUGACUUUCACGCCUUGAUUCACUGCUUCCUCAUCUCUCAUGUAUUUUCCCCCAUACCCCUCCGGCCGGCAGCCAUGGAAUACAUGCUUGUAUGAUAC